AGAAGAGUGAGCCCCUAGUGUGUGCCCAGCACUUUCCCACAUGAUCCUCUAGCUACAGUAUCCAAGGGUCAUGGAGAGAAAUACCCAGUUAAAAUAUCAGAAAUGAAGAAGUGAUACCAUUAGAGACACUAAAAAGACCAGUAGGUAAUAGUAUUAGCUUUUGUAUUCUGAGAUCCAACAGCAGCAGUCACUUCCCUCCACCCCUAUGAGUAUCCCAGGACCACCCUGGGCAGGGAAGGCUGAGGUUAGGGAGCACCCAUGGAUGCUCUGAUGCUGGCCCUGGGCCUCGGGGGUGACAGUGAUGAGGAACUGGGUGCACACAUGAGUGGGGCAGCCGGGCCUCGCCAGAGAAGCAACACACACGUGUACAGACGUGUUUACCCACAUACACGUGUGCACGCACGUGCACAAACACAUCGCAGGCAGGCAUGUUGACGCCUCAGGCAGCGGAGGACCCUGACUAUGGGCCCUGCUGACCCGGGCAAGGCCCCAUUGUGAUGCGUGCCAUGACCUCAGAAUGUCACUGGUGCUUAGCACCUAUCCGCUCUCUGGCCUGCCUCAGUGUUCUACAGCAGUUACACACAGGCGGUGGUAUCUGUGAGCAGCUCUGUGGACUCAAAGGUUUUCUCCCUGAGAGGCAUAACCCAGGCCAGCUGAUUCAUCAGAAUCAGGAUGGACAAGGUAGAGGACACGGACAGUUGGUGGGCACAAGAGCGAGAGGGCAUCAUUAUGAAAUACGAAAAGGGACACCGAGCUGGGCUGCCAGAGGACAAGGGGCCUGUGCCUGUUGGAAUCUACGGCAACAUUGAUCACGUUGGAAUUCUGCAUGAGACGGAGCUGCCUCCUCUGGCUGCACAGGAGGUGAAGAAUCGGUGGGAGAUGAGACGGACGAGCAAGUGGAGGAAAAUGCUGGGAGAAUGGGAGACAUAUAAGCACAGUACAAAAGUAAUGUGUGGGGGGAGAGGCCCCCAAAAGCACUCUCUGCAGAGACAGGGGACAGGCACCCAUGGCUGUGGCCUGGCACCGUCAGCCUCUCAGAGGCUCAUAGAUCGAGUGUACAAGGGAAUUCCCAUGAACAUCCGGGGCCUGGUGUGGUCAGUCCUCCUGAACAUUCAGGAAAUCAAGUUGAAAAACCCGAGAAAAUACAAGAUCAUGAAAGAGAAGGGCAAGAGGUCAUCUGAACACAUCCACCAGAUCGACCUGGACGUAAGCGGGACCUUAAGGAAGCAUGUCUUCUUCAGGGAUCGAUAUGGAGCCAAGCAGCGGGAACUAUUCUACAUCCUCCUGGCAUAUUCGCAGUAUAACCCGGAGGUGGGCUACUGCAGGGACCUCAGCCACAUCGCCGCCUUGUUCCUCCUUUACCUGCCUGAGGAGGAUGCAUUCUGGGCACUGGUGCAGCUGCUGGCCAGUGAGAGGCACUCUCUGCAGCGAUUUCACAGCCCAAAUGGCGGGACAGUCCAGGGGCUCCAAGACCAACAGGAACAUGUGGUACCCACGUCACAACUCAAGACCAUGUGGCAUCAGGACAAGGAAGGUCUACGUGGGCAGUGUUCCUCGUUAGGCUGCCUUAUCCGGACACUGAUUGACGGGAUCUCUCUCGGGCUCACCCUGCGCCUGUGGGACGUGUAUUUGCUGGAAGGAGAACAGGUGUUGAUGUCGAUAACAAGCAUUGCCUUUAAGGUUCAGCAGAAGCGCCUCAUGAAGACGUCCAGGUGUGGCCUGUGGGCACGUUUUCGGAACCAGUUUGUUUACACCUGGGCCAGGGAUGAUGACACUGUGCUCAAGCAUCUUAGGACCUCUAUGAAGAAACUAACAAGAAAGCAGGAGGACCUGCCACCCCCAGCCAAACCCGAGCAAGGGUCCUCGGCAUCCAGGCCUGCGCUGGCUUCACGUGGUGGGAAGACCCUCUGCAAGGGGGACAGGCAGGCCCCUCCAGGCCCACCAGCCCGGUUCCAGCAGCCCAUUUGGUCAGAUUCCCCGCCACGGGCACCUCGUUCUUCCACACCCUGUCCUGGUGGGGCUGUCCAGGAAGACACCUACCCUGUGGGCACUCGGGGUGUGCCCAGCCCGGCCCUGGCUCAGGGAGGACCUCAGGGUUCCUGGAGAUUCCUGCAGUGGAACUCUAUGCCCCGCCUCCCAACGGACCUGGAUGUAGGGGGUCCUUGGUUCCCCCAUUAUGAUUUCGAACAGAGCUGCUGGGUCCGUGACAUAUCCCAGGAGGACCAGCUGGCCACCUGCUGGCUGGCUGAACACCCUGCGGAGGGGGUGAGAUUGGCUUUUACUGCACUGAGCCACAACGUGGGCAUGGACUUCCCGGCCCUGCAGUGCACCCAGCACUGAAUCCGACGAGGGCACCCCCUUCAGAGCUAGGGACGAGCAGCAGUGCGCUCCCACCUCAGGGCCUUGCCUCUGCUGCCUCCACUUGGAAAGUUCUCAGUUCCCUCCAGGUUUCUAGAAGCAUCUGGGCCAGGGCUCAUGGCUGGAUGAUUUCCCAAGGCUUAACAACCCAAGCAAGCUUCCCAUCCUCGUUUUAUUUUUUGUUAAACUUAUGAAAAUUUAUUAAAGUGUGCAGCUUGAAAGACAUGCACAGAUGGAACACACCAGCCCCCAGAUCACAAAGCCAACCAUGCCUAGCCCCUCCCAGCACCCCCAGCCCCACGACCAGCGUUCUGAAUUCUGAUGACACCAUGAGCCUGCCUUUGUACUUUAAACUCAUGGAAGGAUAACCACCUUCACGUUAUAAAAUAAAUGUUUCCUGUUGAAUGAUUUUAGAUUUUAGACAGAAAUAUUGAAAAGGCACUACAGUGUCCUCUUACACCUUCCAUCCGGCUGCCCCUAAUAAUGACAUUUUGU